AUGGUAUUUGUGAAGUCUGUUGAUACAUCAGAUCUAGUUAAAGAUGUCAAAACUCUAUUCACACUAUUCUGUGAAGUCAUUGAGUGGAUUGGUCCUAAAAAUAUUGUUCAUGUGGUGACUGACAAUGCAGCUAACUAUGUAGCAUGUGGUAGAUUGAUUAAAGACAAGUAUAAAAGUAUUUAUUGGUCAUCUUGUGCUGCACAUUGUUUGAAUCUUGUAUUGAAAGACUUUUCAAGCAUGCCUCAUGUGUCAAACCUUGCAUCAAAGGCAUCAAAGAUAACUGUAUUUGCAUAUAAUCAUAUGGUUUUCUUAUCAUGGCUGAGGAAAAGACCGACUUGGAAAGAAAUUGUGCGUCCUGGUGCCACAAGGUUUGCUACCACAUUUAUUACAUUGCAUAGGAUAUAUAUGCACAAGAAUGACUUGCAGGCUUUAGUUGUUGAUAAUCACUUUGUGGACCACAAAUUAUCAAGGACUAAAGCAGGAAAAAAUUCCAGUGCAAUCAUAUUGGACAAUCGGUUUUGGAAUGAUUGUUAUCAAGUUGUGAAAAUUGUAUCUCCUCUUAUAAAAUUGUUGAGAAUUGUUGAUUCAAAUGAGAAGCCAUCAUUGCCUUAUGUUUAUGAAGGCAUGCGAAGGGCAAAAAUGGCAAUUAAGGAGAUGUUUAAGAAGAACAAGGACUUGUAUAAGCUGUACACAACAAUCAUUCAAACUCGAUGGGAUAAGCAUUUGAAGACUAAUCUUCAUGCAGCAUCAUAUUUGCUGAAUCCUACAAUCACAUAUGCUCCAGACUGCCCGAUCAAGUCAAAGUUAAUGAUGGCUUUAAUUGAUGUGGUGGAGUCUUACUUCAGACGAAGAGGUUGA